AUGACUGAAGCUGAUAGUGAUAUAGUUUACACUGGAAUCUUCAUUGAUAAUGAAUUUGUACCAGCAACAGGAAACGCGACUAUUGACCUUGAGAACCCAGCAACAGGCGAGCAUCUAGCGACUGUGUCUUGCGCCCAGGAACAAGACAUUGACAUCGCAGUAAAAUCUUCUCAAGUGGCAUACAACGACUGGAAAUCUACCUCGCCUGGCAUCAGAAGACAACUUCUAAACAAAUUGGCAGAUUUGUUGGAACGUGACGCUGCUGAUGUCUCGGCAUUGGAAUCUCUGGACGCUGGUAUCCUGUACAACGACUCCACAGCACUCAACGUCCCUCAAGCUCUAGAGAACCUCAGAUACUUCGCUGGGUGGGCUGAUAAGGUCGAUGGGUUGACUCUCGCGAUUCCCGAGGGCAUGGCGUACACAAGACGGGAGCCGUAUGGUGUCUGUGUAGCUAUUAUUCCUUGGAAUUCCCCAGUCAUGAUCACAAUAUGGAAACUAGCACCCUGUAUUGCAGCAGGCAACACACUGGUCAUCAAGACGCCAGAGCUGUGUCCGCUUUACGGCCAAAAGCUUGCGGAGCUUAUCCGCGAAGCAGGUUUCCCACCAGGCGUCAUCAACAUUGUUUGUGGACUCGGCUCGAUUGCUGGUCAAAGACUUGCUGAGCACUCAGCUGUGAGGAAAAUAUCUUUCACCGGCAGUACAGGCGUCGGCAGACAAAUUCUUGCCGCGUCAGCACGCACGAACCUAAAGAAAGUCACACUAGAACUCGGCGGGAAAGGGCCUUCCAUUGUAUUUGACGAUGCAGAUAUUGAAAAUGCAUUAUUCUGGACAAUGAUAGGCAUCACAGCCAACAACGGACAGAUUUGUGUUGCUGGUAGUCGGAUUUACGUGCAAAGCACUAUUUACGAACGAUUUGUACAGGAAUUCAGCCGACGCAGCCGUGAGGCUGUACACGGUGAUCCGCUGCUAGGUACAACCAACAAAGGACCCGUCAUUAGCGCUGGCCAACGGGAUAAAAUACUAAGCUUUGUCGACAAAGGCAAGGAAGGAGGCGCCAGGCUUCUCCACGGUGGCGAGAAAUUGCCUGGAAAGGGGCACUUUGUCGCUAAUACUGCGUUUGCAGAUGUCGCCCAAGACUCCUCCAUCAUGCAAGAAGAGGUUUUUGGUCCAUUUGCGAGUAUUGCAUCGUUCAAAACGGAAGAGGAGGUGAUUGAGAAAGCCAACGAUACGUCGUAUGGCUUGAGCGCGGCUGUCUUUACAAGUAACUUGGACAAGGCGUUCAGAGUGACCGAGGCUAUCGAGGCUGGUCAAGUGACUGUCAAUAUUUGGGGCACUGUUAAUGCAAAUACUCCAUUUGGAGGGGUGAAAGAGAGCGGCUUCGGGCGUGAGAUGGGAAAAGAGGCUUUGGACGAAUGGACUAUCCCCAAGGUGGUCAAAUGGCACAUUGUGAGGAAGUAA